AUGGCGGACGAGAAUCGCUCUGAGGCUCCAAAAGUGGCUGAGCCUUCAUUCUACAACCUCGGCGCGACCGUUGUCACCAUCCACGUAGGAACCGGACGAGUGCCCUUUGCUGUCCAUAAAGAUCUCCUCUGCUACUAUUCUGCUUAUUUUCAAAAGCUGUUUAAUGGGUCGUUCCGCGAAGCCAAGGAUCUUCUCGCGAGGGCGGAGGAUACCACCGUUUCUACAUUCGGCUACUUCAUGCAGUGGCUUUACACCCAGACGUUCGUCCGUUACAAAAUGCAUGCCUGGGAACGAGUCGCAAUAUCAACUACUGAUCACUACGCGAACUCUUUCAACCCGCCUUACCUUCAUACGCUCCUCGACUUGUACAUUUUCGCAGACCGAUAUGACAUCCGUCUACUUAGAAACGAUGUCAUGAGGUCGUGGCAGAAAGACGAGACUGACUGGGAUGAGAUCUCUGACGAAGACAUCAUCAUCAAGGCGUUCGACAACCUGCCUCAUGGCUCACCGCUUUGCCGGUACAUUGCACAAUACUACGUCGCACUCUGUGGGAGGAAUCUCGAUUCAGAUGAAGAAUUCUGGUCAAAACUCCCGAAGGGGUUUCUUUACGAAGUUGUGCGCAUUCUCACCAAACGGCUUAACUCGGAUUACAAGUUCGACCAGGAGUCUUGUGACUUUCACGAGCAUGAGGACGACGAUGAGAAGUCUAUGUGCACGAACGAGCGCAAGUUGAGCGAAGAUGCUGAGUGCGGGUUUUAG